CUCAUAACAACUUGUGAUCACCUUGCAAUUUAACGACCAAGGAAUUCGGUACACUUUUCGUCAAAAUGAGCACUAUAAAAAUUGCUGAACGGUUAAAGAAAAGAUAGGUUUCUGAAGUGUACAAAAGAUUUUUACAUGAAGCUUCUGAACUGUAUUAUUUUUGUCAAUAUUGUUGUGACUGUUUGACUUUGACUUUGACAGGUAAACAAGUAUGGCGAGGCGAAUAUUGGACGCAUCGAAUUCGGCUCUAUGUUUACUUUCCACUGCUUUUUAUUUUUUUUAAAGUGGAAGAAUUAAUUUAAUGACUUGUAAAAUAAUAAACACAUACAAAUAUUCUCUUUAGAAUAAUGACGGACAUAAAAGUGUGCAGAAUAUGCCUUCGAACAGAGGCUAAAAUGUAUCAUUACAGUUCAUAUCGACUUAAGUUUUAUUAUGAAGAAGUUAUGGCUCUACAGUUCAAUGAACAAGAUGGUCUACCUCAGUACUUCUGCUAUGAAUGUGCCACCAUACUACACAAGUUCCAUAGAUUUAAGGAGAAAUGUUUUAGCGGGCAGAAGGCUCUCCGAGAAUUGGCUUGGAGAGGUCCUAUAACCUAUGAAGUAAUAUACAAAAUGGAUCGCCCAAUAUCUUUGCAUAGUACACCAGUAACAUCAAUAGACUUUCCAAGCCAUAUCAAGAAUUACUUACCGAAGAAUGGCAUAGAAGAAUCAAAUGAUAUGUUCGACCCAGAAAAAGUUGAGAAAAUAGAAAAUAUAGAACUAGACUAUUUUAGUGAAACAUCAAUGCCAGAGGACACAGAACCAAUGUUAGAAUUUGACACAUUCCCUGAACAUUUCGGAGAAGAAAAAAUAAAAGCUGAUACCAACGAAGUGACAUACGGUUUCAAUGGAGAUGAAGACAAUCUAGUGAAUAUUAAAUGUGAGAUUAUCAAAGAAAAGAAAAGCAAAAAGAAGUCCAAAGGCUUAGGUAAUAAGGUUUUAAAUAGUAAGCAUUGGAGGAAGAUUACGUUGAAUGAGGAGGAGGCUUUGAAGAAUUUCAGAGCGAGGGCUGAAGACAAGAAGUAUGUGGAUGCUGCGUAUAAGUGCUCGGAUUGUUUCCGAGGUUUCUCUAAGAAGGAUAUGUUGGAUAGACAUUUGCAGCUACGGCAUUUUGAGAUGCUGGGACCACUGGAGUGUCGUUUCUGUCGCGUGCGGUUUAAGCUAAAAUGUUACUUACGGAAGCACUUGAGGGAGCAUUAUGUGAAGUAUGAGUGUUUGCGGUGUCAUGUCAUCUGUCCUUUAGAACACACAGCUAUUCUUCACAAUGAGUAUCACAGUGGACUUAAGCGGAAGUGCGAUUUCUGUGACCAAGAAUUUAGACACACAUCGACAUACUACACACAUUUGCGUACGCACCGCAGCGAGCACGUGUGUACUCUGUGCGGAGAGUCGUUCGUCAGCCACGCCGGGCUACACCAACACAAGCGGGUCAAACAUGUCAUUGACAAACUUGACAGUCCGGGCGACGAUGAAGAAGUGGACACAUACUGUAUGCGGUGCGACAUUACAUUUGAAACGCGAAAGGCUUUCGAGGAACACGUGUUUCAUUCUGCUCUACAUAGUGACGGGGAGAGUAACUUCGAUCAAGGGAACAAUAAAAAGAUAUUAGGUAAAAAGGAACAAGCAAAGAUAACAAGAAGCUUAAGAAAAAGGGACACAGACUCAAGUAUGUUAAUAACGGAACAGAAGACUUCAAGUAAAAGAAGGAAACACAGAAGGGAACAUAGGAAGCCUACGACUUGCCAUCAGUGUGGCAAACACUUCGAGACCCAAUCAGCUUGCUUGAAGCACCAUCUAUCGGAACAUCCGCGAACUUCGUUCUUCCCGCCCAACCAGAGAUAUAUUUGUGAGAUCUGCGGCUCUUCUCUAGCUCCGGGCAGUAUACAGACACACAAGAACAUGCACUCUAGAGAGAAGGUACAUCGAUGUGACACGUGCGGGCGGGAGUUCCACGCCGCUGUCGGGUUGAAGCGACAUCUAUUGACGCACACAGGAGAAAAACCAUACUCAUGUUCUCUAUGCGACAAGCGGUUUACACAGAGCAACAGUAUGAAGCUACAUUACCGUACUUUUCAUCUUAAAGAGCCGUAUCCGAAACGAGUUCGAAGAAAAGGCAAAGAACUACCGAAAUCGGUGGAACAAGGUGAAUCAACUAGUGAAGAGGAUUCAGACAGCAGUCUACCGGACAUUGAGCCUAGUAUACUCAAGCCUGACGCGGGAAUCAAACCCGUGACCGGUACACUACCGGACAAACCCUCUGAUGAUAGCAUGCAUUAUUUGACACUUACGUAAUUUUGUUAAAAAAGAUAGAUUCUCAAUGGGGUGUACUGUAUUUUUGCUCAACAGAUGGCACUAGUGUUAAGCUUUACGUUUUUUUGUCCAAUAGGGAAUUAGCUAGCAUACCAUUGGACUCUCAAUAUCUGUGUAGUUUCCUCAGUCAAAAUAUUCAAAAAUAUAUUCAUACAAUAAAAUGUUCAAAAAUAAUCACACUUCCAUUCAUAGUUUUGAUGAUCUACUUAAUAAUCGAUUUUUCUGGCUACUUAAUUUUCUUUUUGAAACAAGUCUUUUAUUUGACGUAAAAAUCUGACGACGUGGUAACGCACUAUUUCAUGCGAAAUUCAUAGAAAAUAUCGUUCUUGACGUUUUGAAUAAUGUAUUGAAUUUGACUAGUAGGAAACUAGCCUUUUGACAGCUGCUGUGAUUGGAUAAAAAACCUCUUGCUAUAUUUACGCCAUUUGGUAAGCAAAAUAACGGUAGCCCCCGUUGCACCUGUAUGUAUGUCUGUCCGCGAUUGGCUGGCCCGAUUCUAAUGCGGUUUUUUAGUUUUGCAACUUUCGACUGAUUUUGUGUCUGUAUGUGUAAUGGAUGGAUGGUAGAUUGUCAUGUGUAGUGUAUUGAAUUCGUUUCUCGUAAAAAUAAAUGUUUUCAUUCGCAAGUAAUGUGUUACAGUUGACGCUUGUUGAUUCAAACUUUCGAUUCGAACCUCUCUAUAAUUCGAAGUUUUCAUGAGGUCCCUACUACAUACAUAACUUUACGCCUGUCUCCCAACGGGGUAGGCUUCUGCCUGUCUCUACAAUGGACCGCCAAUUGUUACGAACCUUACAUAUCUCGUUCGCUUGAAGCGAACUCUUUAUAUUUCCAAGUAAAUCAAUAUAUUUUGUAUACACUUGUAAUUCGAGCGAAAAAAUCAGUUCUACAUAACCAAAUGACUCAUUAAUUCGAACUUAUUGGCAUCAAGCUCUCGACAAUUCGAUUUUACAGUAAAAAAGUGACAGAAAAAUCUCAGAACUUCCAGAGGCCAGUACCGAUAUUUUGAGGCAAAUUAUAAUUUUGGACCAUUUCAUACUUCAAACAUUCAGUAAGUCGUACAUUUUUCGUAUCCUAAGACAUAUUAAAUGAACUAACAAACACGGUUAAUUUACUCACAUAUUAAGGGACACCUGCACUACUAGUUUCGAGUCACAGAGGGACUCU